GCAUCGGCGGAAUGUCUUUGGUUGUGGAGUUUGUUUCUCGAUUGUUCGUACAGUUUUCCAACGCGGGCAACGAGUAAGCAGCUUCGGUGGUGUACAGCGCAAAAUUGUGAAAUGUCAGAGUACGAAGUUGUCGCGAAAGGCCCAUUGAAAAUAAAAGGGGACGGUGGUGUGAAAAAGAAAAAGAAAAAGAAGGAUCAGAAGAAAUUGUUGGAACAAGUUCCUAAAAUUAUAGAAGUACCGAAGGAAGAAAAGCAAGGGAAUGAAGUUAAAAGAACAAAGGCAGAAUUGGCAUUCCUAAAGAUGCAGGAAAAAAUGCAAAAAGAACGCAUUAAGCAGAAGGCUUCUAUGACACACAAGCAGCGUGUUGAGGAAUUCAACCGGCAUCUGGACAGUCUGACGGAGCACUUUGACAUCCCAAAAGUCAGUUGGACAAAGUAGAACAAAUUCUUUGUUUUGGACAUAUCCAUUUGUUGCUCGCACAUUUGUUUGCUCACUCAUCUUAUGCAAGGUGGUGUGGUGCAAUGUGAACCUGUCAUUUGAUGUGAACACAUGAACAUCAUUAUUCCAUAGUGGUAUAUGGAA